ACUAAAAGAACUCUGGUCUCGAGGGAUCGUCACUGAGAUGAAAAGGAAACGCGACCUGGAGCACAUGCGCGCGCAGCCACGCGCGUAAAAGCGCCUCUUGGCGGCACGCUGCUCGUAUGUAAAAGACAGAGGAGGAGCUGGUUGGUUUGAGCAAACUUUCCUGUCUGCUUGUGGGUGUGUUAAAGCUCAGCGCGCAGCCUCGACGCUUCAGCUCCCAAACAAACGCGUCGGACUGACAGGUUCCUCCGCUGCGCUCGAGUUUUCCAGACGAACAUGGAGUUUUGUAUCCGUGCGUAAAGAGGAUUUUUGGAAACGAUGGAUUCCCUAUCUGGAGACAGCGAAGAGCGCAAACCAAAGGAAUUUUUUUCUGAAUUGAGAGACACUUUUCAGUGAGAAGAACGAUGAAUGAAUCUCAGGCUGGUGGUCCCGCUCCCACUCCCAGGGCCCCUACCGUCCCGGUGAUCAUGUUCAUUCUCGGGGUGGUGGGGAACGUCAUCGCCAUCGUGGUUCUCAGAAUUUCAAGAAAGGAGCAGAAGGAGACGACUUUUUACACUCUGGUGUGUGGUCUGGCGGUGACGGACCUCCUGGGGACGCUGCUGGCGAGCCCCGUCACCAUCGCCAUCUACAUGAAGGGCUCCUGGCCCGGGGGGGACCCCCUGUGCCAGUACUCCGGCUUCGUCCUGCUCUUCUUCUUCAUGGUGCAGCUCAGCAUCGUGUUCGCCAUGUCCGUGGAGAGGUACCUGGCCAUCAACCACGCGUACUUCUACAACCAGCACGUCAACCAGAGGCUGGCAGCGCUCGCUCUGCUGGGCAUCUACAUGUUCAACGCGCUGUUUUGCGCGCUGCCGAGCGUAGGACUCGGGCACGUUACGCACCAGGAACCGGGCACCUGGUGCUUCAUCGAUUGGAGGAACAACAACGUGACUGUCAAGAGCUAUAACCUGACAUACGCCAGCGUGAGUUCCGCCGUGGUGCUGGCCACUGUCAUCUGCAACGUGAUGGUGUGCGGCGCCCUGAUCCUCAUGCACAAGCGCUUCAUCCGCCGCACCUCUCUGGGCACGGACCCGCGACGGCUGUCCGAGCGCAGGCGGAGUUUUGGACGCUUAGCUGGAGCAGAGAUACAGAUGGUGAUCCUGCUCAUAGUUACAUCUGCCGUGGUUCUCAUCUGCUCCAUACCUUUAGUACUGAGGAUCUUCAGGAACCAGCUACAUGCCGGUGGGAAAGCUGAAAUCUCACUGAUAAACCAAGACCUCCUGGCCAUCCGCAUGGCGUCCAUCAACCCCAUUUUAGACCCCUGGAUCUACAUCCUCCUCAGAAAGACGGUGGUUCUCAAGAUGAUGGAGAAAAUCAAGUAUCUGUUCUGCAAAAUGGGCAGGAGGCGGCGGACGGUCGGGAGGCAGUUCCACUACCCCGAGGCUUACCUGUCCUCCUCCAUCAUAUCCAGGGAUUCGCCCUCGUUGGCGUCCCAUGAGCCGCGGGAGCGACUGAACACAUCCCUGACGAUCCUCUGUCCGUCUGAGGGGACGCCGGACAGGCCGGGGUCGUCGCAGCCCGAGUCACCGGGCGGCUUCAGCCUGCAAAGCUCUCAGGAGGGGGAGCAGCCUCAGAGAGCGCUGUUGCAGAUGGAUUUUAGACAAAACUCUUCUGGGAAGACGCUGAAUCCGCUUCCGGUGUAUCCCAAGGAUCCAGAUCUGCGUGUGGCCUUCACUGAUGAGACUGCAAACAUGCAGGAGAGAUGCAUUUAACCUCUCACUUUAAGAAAGACUGAGUCUAAAACUAAGAAAGACUGAAAAAUCUUGUGGAAAUGACCCUUAAAAUGUAUUACUGAAAUGAAUGUUAACUCCUCCAGAGAACAUAAAAAGACCAACAGAGGAGCUUCUCGUUGCACUUGUUCAUCUGUAAAUCAGUUCCAAAGGUUUUUACAACCUGCACUGUACAGAAUUAAUAUUGAAAUGUGACCACACCUUUAAUUUAUUUAAACUAUUGAGUGUUCUCGUCUUCUCUGUGAGAAGGUCUUCCUAGUACGCACAUUGUGUUUUUAUGAAGGGACAUUUGGAAAGAAUCAAAACCAUUCCCGGAAUAACAUCAAGAAAAGGCAGCUAAAGUGCAGCUUUUCUACAGCAGGCAAAAAAAAUGUUGGUUCCAUCUGACCGGAGCUUAACGUGUUGGUUUUAUUCAGAAAUCAUGUUUCGGAGGGUUUUCUUUCAGCUGCACAGACGUCGCUUUUGCAACAUAAAAGGCUCAAAUUUCAACUGAAAGAUUUGCAGCUGAAAGUGCAUGCUCGCUGGUCAGUGUGGGAACCUGUAAUGGACUGGUGACUUCUCCGUAAAGUGGGGGCAGAAAAUGGAUGGCUUUCCUGUUUCGACGUGCUGCUAUUUAAAACACUGGUGGAUUUUGAAGCCAGGAUCAUGUUUGUGAACAAACUUUUGUCUUGUGAUGUAUAAAAAUAGUGUAAGCUAAAAUAAAACUUAAAAAACUAA